CUCAAAGGUCUUGAAUCCUCUUGUACUUUCUCAAGAUAGUUUUUGUAUUGAGAUGGGUUGGCUGAGGAAUAAGGAGAAGAAGAAGCCAACAAAACCCGAUAUAUUAGCGAGCGAGAGAGGGGCGAAGUUGUUAGAAGAGCUGAUAGAAUGUUGCGAUGGCAAAUCCAAUCCCAUCAAAUUCUUCUCUGCUAAUCAAAUCCUCAAAGCCACCGACCGUUUCAGCUGGUCUAAUCAUAUUUCUGAAUUAUCUUGUUAUGGCUUCCACGAUACCGAAUGGUAUUCAGGUAAAAACGAGAACCACCCCAAAAUACUCUUCAAAAAAUUCCGUUUAAACGGAAAGAAAAAUAUGAUAUGGAGGGAUAUAGCAGUAUCAUCAAUGGUGAGUGGUCACAAAAACUUUAUCAAAUUGUUUGGAUGUUGUCUUGAGUCUGAAAAUCUGGUCAUGAUUUAUGAUGGUGUGAAGAAACAUUGUCGAUUAGAUAUAAGUAAAGAGACGUGGAAAAGGAGAAUGAAGAUAGCAGAAGAUAUGGCCACUGCUUUUGCUUACCUUCACACUGCCUUCCCUAGGCCUUUCGUAAAUACAUGUAUUACUAAUUUAAAUAUCUUAGUGGAUGAAGAUGGUGUCGGGAAGCUGACUGAUUUCUCUCACUGCGUCUCAAUUCCUCAUGGACAAACAUCAGUACAGAUUGAUAAUCGAAAGGGAUUCUUUGGUUCCCUUACGGACCUUAAUUACCGGAAAAAUAGAGUCGUCUCGGAGAAAACAGAUGUCUUCGCCUUUGGAAUUCUGAUAUUGCAAGGAUUUCUAAUUGGAGAUAAAAGAUCUAUGAAUAUUUGGGUAGAAGCCAGUAUUAAAGGUUACAGUGAAAGAAAUGUUGGUGAUGACUCUUAUCAUCAAUUUUGGUUGUCAAAAUUUGGGGUGGAAGAGCGAAGAAUGGAAGAGAUUGCAGAUCAAGAGAUGAUAGAAAAGAUGGGUGAAAUUUCAGAAGAAGAGGUUUCUCAAAUGAAAGCUUUCCUAAUGCUUUCACUGCGAUGCAUCGGUCAUAAAGGAGAAAUUCCAACGAUGGUGGAAGUUACCAAAGAACUAAAGAAGAUCCAACGACCUCUCAAUAUUGCCGACUCCUCUUCUCCUUCAGGUGAAACACAAUUAAACUCUGCUCAAGACAUGUCUUCCACAUUCGUCCUCUCAAACCAGACCACAAACACAUAGGAGUUGCUUACGUCUGCUUUCAGGUAUUUCACAAAAUGUUUUAAUUGGUUAUGUUGACCUGGUUUUGGUUUCUCAGAAGAAAGCAAAGAAUGUGCUUUUCGAUUCUUGUUUGUAAUAAAAACAUUAGUGCUUUGUCAGAUCUUUUCUUUUAAUUUUGUCAGAUCUCACCUUAGUGCUUUGUGUCUGUAUGUUUUGACCUUUUGGGUUUGAUCGACCCAUCUGUUUUGAUUAGUGUCAUCAAGAGAUUUGAUGAUAUAUGUGAAACUCUUGGAUAGAUACUAUUUACUAUGCAUAUCUA